AUGUUCUUCCAACGAACCUUGCUCACUGCGCUUCUUCUCCUCGCCAUCCCAAAAGGGGUACUAUCACGUCGAGGCCACGACAGCGACAGCGAAAGUGACACCUCCAGCUCCAGCAACAGCGACUCCACUAGCGACUCCACCAGCGACAGCGAUGAUACAACCACCUCCACAUCCUCAGGAAGCGGAUAUUCUUGCCCAUCACCGCCCAAGAUAGAUUACGACCUCAUGGGACCAGGUAACUACUACAGAUACCAAGAUAUUUUUGAACCCAGCGACUACGACGGGGUGUUUUAUACAGGCGAAGCAAUCUUCAAAUACAAGCUCGACGUGCCACCCGUACCAACGACUACCAACUUUGUCUACACUCCUAGAGCCACAUGUCCAGCUGGCUGGCAGUCCUUGCGGAUGCGAGCCGUUGCAUGGGUUGCUCCAAAGGCGCCCACGCCCAAUGGACCAAAGAAUCCCAUUACCAUUGCGUUCCAGGCCUUGCCUAAUGUCGCGGAUUCGUACCAGAGCUGCUCAAAGGUCGAUAUUUUGGGCUUCAGUACGACGGUUGCCUGGUCGACGACCAAUAGAACAGGCCAUACUUCCUACGAGGCGAUAGAUUCCGUGAAAUUGGAUAUUCAGCCCACGGCUGGGAAUAAUGAUAUGGUUGAUUUUGGUGGCGUCUAUGAUAUUUCGGCUUGGAAGGAUAGACCGAAGGACCUCAAUGAUCCGACUCUCUUUCAGUAUGGGCAACUUCGGAAGCAGAGGUUAAUCCUACCGGAGGGCACUUGCUCGGGUGGAAGUGGGAGAGAAAAACUUGACUUGGGAUAUCCGACUGGGGCGAUUAUUAACGGGUCUCUGACAAAUGAGACUAUUCACUUGAAUGUUUCAGGGUUUGUAGUUGCGUGGUUCAGGGACCAUGACGAGGAACAUGCAACGACAAAUGUUACUUAUAAUAUUGUGUUUACUGGCGCUUAUGAUGCUGCGAAUUCUACGCGGCUUCUUGUUACUGGGGCGGCGAGCGCAAAUGAAUCCCUCGUGAGCUUUCAGGCUCCGCCUGAAGGUUCGGGGACUGUCAUUGGGACUUCCUGGAACUUGGCGGUGAUCUCUUUGGUGGUUAGCGUUGGAUUGGCGUUAGUAUGA